GCUAAAAUUAUAGUUAUAUAUAUUCGCUCUAUAAGACCCCAAAUAAACAUUGAACGUGUUUUUUAGGCGACAAUGUAAUUUUGUUUUUGACCAGUUGGUACAAUUUCACUAGCCUAAUCUAAAAAACGAGCUCUUAUAUUUUUUUUUUCCUAAUUCCAGAGAAUUUACAACGAUUUUUCUACGGACUGACAACGUUUUUUUUUUUUUAGAAAUGACAACAUUUUCCCUAGUACUAGACAACUGUUUUUCUCAGAGCUUCACAGCGUUGCUAUUUUAAGAUCACAGUCUACAACUGGAUUGAUUUACAUGACCAACCUCAUAACUAAACGCUCUAACACUGGUGACCUGAUUUAGAAACGUUUAGUUAUGGCUGAGAAAAUGUUAUUUAGAUUCGGUGUCAUUCUGACUCCGGAGUCCUCGGACGUUGAGGUUUUAGUUCUGGGUUCGCGAGAGGAAAUGGGCCACUGGGAGCCGAAUAGAGCGGUUCGUAUGAAAGCCUCCCACAAGCUGCCGUCACCAGAUCAGCCGUGUCUGUGGACCUGUGAGGUGGAGCUGGCCGAGCCGUUCAAAGACACUUUUUGGUUCAAGUUCAUCAAAAGGAUCAAGCAUAGUUUUAUCUGGGAAGGUAGCGGUCCGAGUCAUGACAGGCUUUGCUCGUACGAUGAGAGAAAUGUAGUGGAUGGAGUGUACUGCCAUCCAAUUGAUCACUGGAUAGAGGAAACAGGACGCACCGAUGAGAUGAGACACACCACUAAUUUCUACUUUAAAGUUGCAGGUCAGAAGGCCAUACAUUUCUCCAGAGUUCUGCCACGUGUCUGGCUAGGAAGCUGCCCUCGACAGGUGGAACAUGUGACCAUAAAGAUGAAGCACGAAUUGGGCAUCACUGCCGUGAUGAACUUCCAGACGGAGUGGGAUGUAGUAAACAACUCCGGUGGAUGCCGACGUAACCUGAUGGAAGCCAUGACACCUGAGACCUUAAUGCAUUUGUACAAGGACUAUGGCAUUGUGUAUGUGUGGCUACCAACACCCGACAUGAGCACAGAAGGUCGGAUUAGGAUGCUUCCACAGGCUGUAUUCCUCCUUCACGGCCUCCUGGAGAACGGCCACACUGUGUACGUCCACUGUAACGCCGGGGUCGGCAGGUCCACGGCGGCUGUAUGCGGUUUUCUCAUGUACAUCCUCGGCUGGAGCCUCAGGAAGGUGCAGUACUUUGUCACAGCAAAGAGGCCACCAGUCUACAUAGACGAAGAAGCUUUAGUCCAAGCCCAGCCGGACUUCCUCCAGAAGUUUGGUCAGCUGCGCUCAUCUGUCUCUUACCCAGAGACUUGACAGCUGAGAGUGCUCAUCCGUAAUCUGGAUGCAGAGCAGAAGAUUGACCAUGUCUCAUUCUUCAAAAUGAGUCAGAAGGUGAAAAUAACAUGAAACAAUUAAAAAAACUUCUCCACUAAACUCGAACAUAUGCAAAUAACCCACUUGAGCUGAGUGGUUUCAGAAUGUGGUUGAUUUCUGAGUCUUAAGAGAGAGUCCCGCAGGCUGCCAGAAGGGAUGUUGCAAGUAAUUAAUCAUACUGUGUUAGCUUUUAACUUUGAACACUUGCCCCACACGCUGUUGCAAAGUAUGGAUCCUGUUAGUAAUUUUCAGCAUAUGCCAUCAGGGGAUGGUUUGGAAAGACCUUUUCUUCAGGCCCUUUAGCUUCUAAUCAAUAAACGGAGUUGACAUUUGGAAAAUGCGUUAAAAUGAAAUGAAUAAAAACAACAUCCAGAAAGUCGAAUAGAAAAUAAACGGAGAGCUGGCACAGAGCCACAUGUUUCUAUUUAGUACCAGAGACAGAAUGUAUAAAAAGAAAAACAUGAUCUUGUCUCAGUUUUUUUUGUUUAUUUAUUUCCUCCAGCAUAUUAUGUCCAUCAGUUGAUAAUGACUCUAUCGUUGUGUUUUCUAUUUAGUUUGCCUUUUGAUAGAGAAGAACUAGUGUCUAUCGUUGUCUUCCUGAACUGGAUUGUAAUGCCACAUGGCAGCUGUACUCCGAGCCAGAGACACACAUCUACCCUCAAAUCUAAUAAACCAAGAAGGACUUUAGCUCCUCUCUGAGGUAUUUGCCUCCCAGACAUCAAGGAGUACAGCUGUCUCUCACAGUGCUUAUUUGGAGCAUUUCCUCCUUCAUGUUGCUGUCGGAAUCCAUCUUCAGAAUAACAACAACAGCAUCAUUUUGAGGUCAUACUUUAUAGAUUUAUAAGCCCUUUUAAAAUAGAAAGCUUCUUUUGAACAUGUCUUUUAUUUUUUGUUAGACAGAAUGUUUUUAAUCUAAAUUGAAUCAGAAAAAAGUAAGUCACUUUGGAGACUAAGAAACUGUGUCCUAAAGCAAAAAAAAAAACUGUAUUGUUUCUUUUCCAUGACAUCUCCUCAGUCGCGAUUUAUUCCAUGUUUUAAAAAAUAAAAUGUUUCUAUUUUAUCACAAAGCCAUUCAAAACCUUUGAGUUAAAUAGGAUGUAUACCUGUGAAGGUAACCAUCCAAACACACUUAGUUCACGUGUAAGAUAAGAAACUCAAAUAAAAUCAGCCAAAAUAUUCGGAAGAGAAUAGUUGAUCUUCAAAAGCUUGGUUCAUACUUUCCAAACUAAUUAAUGGGGUAUCUUCCACUGUUUAAAAGAUUUGCAAGUAUAAAGAGCAUGAUAAUGCCUUGUCAGUUUUGUUUGUAUCGUUUCCCGAAUACAAGUAAAAAUCUGAACUUCAGUUUAAAAAAAAUAUUUGUGGACAGAGCUAAAAAAAAAAUGUUUGAGGAAGGGGCUCAAAUUCCAAUUUACUAGUUUAAGUAUUCCUAAAAAUGUUUGAUGGAAGUUAGAACAUUUAAAAAGGAAAUUUACAAAGUACUAAUAACAUGUUGUUAUGAUCUUAAUAUUUUGGACCUUUUGUUUCUGUUUAAGUUUUUAUUUUUUGGCGUUCUCAAGCUUGCUUUGAUUUCUUUUGUGUUUUCCAGAUUCAUAUCAUUUUUGCAUUCUUAGUUUUUCUCUUCCUGGUUAUGUCUUU